AUGGAAAGUGACAAUCAUUUCGAGACGGCACAUUCACACGACAAGAUGACGACACGCCAAGCGUCACGUGUCGCACCAUAUGACGACGAAUGGAAUUGUCCAGAAGAAACCAAGAACUUUCCCGUGCAUGUAAUCAAACGUCGGAAUGUUGGUGUUCCCAAAUUUCUACGAUUUCUAUUUCAAAUUUUAGAAAUGGAAAAUCCCGCUAUUAUUACGUGGUCGCACGAAGGUACCGCGUUUCAAAUUAUCCAACCCGAGGAAUUGGCGUGUCAGAUUUUACCCAAAUAUUUCAAGCACAAUAAAGUGUCGAGUUUCCAGCGACAAUUGAAUUAUUUUGGAUUCAAGAAAUGGACCAAGACACAGACGAAUGUUUGUACGUUUAGUCACCCGUUUUUUGUUCGAGCUGAUAAGGACAGGAUGAAGCUGAUUAAACGAAAAGAACGAGCCAAUGCAACAGUUCUGUCAGCUGCAAUGGCAGCCACCAUUACGUCCAAUUCCAUUGAGAUUAUGAACCACCCUCACGCUCCAGAAAAAGCUCGAGCAUCAAGUGAACUUCAUUGUGAAGCUCAGGAUCUAGCAGGUCAACUUUCGACCCAACAAGCUUUGAAAAGACAGAAAUCCAAUAUUCUUUCAGGUGCAACAGUGACAUUUUUGAAUUCGGCAGCAGCUGGACGACGUCAUUCGACGGGAAUGCUUCCUGGAUCGGAAGCAUUUGGCUUGGCAGCCGCGGCUGCUGCUGCUGCAGCUGCUGCAGCUGCAGCUGCAGCUUCCGCAGAUUCAUUUGAACCAGGACGCAAGCGUGCAGGAACACCUGCUGAACAGGAAUUUGAGCUCGAAAUGGAAGCUCGAGUCAGUUCUGCAGCCAACUCGGCGUCAAUGCACCAACCAUUUACGCAUAUGAGAAAAAUUGCAGAAACCAAGGAGUCAUCGGAAGGCUAUUCUUAUCCACCUGCACACGGGAAGCGCCAGAGUCUUCCUCACGUUUUGCCUCCCGGAUUUGGUGAUGCUUUUGGUACGAGCAUGAACGUCAACGCGACGAGAGGGGUUGGAAGUGGUGGUUAUCGAUCCCUUGGUGCCAAUAUUCUAGGUCGACGCAAAAGCGACCAGCUCUUGAAUGGCAACAAUAAUAUCGGUGGUUCUUCAGACAACAAGGGCGUUUCGAUUAGCCAAAUUGAAGAUUUUAUGGCGUCUUCAUCUACAUCGGCUUCCCAGCAACCACUUUUUGCCUCAAAUGUCAAAAAUGACGCAUCGGUGGUCCUCCCCGUCUCAGCGAACUCAGCUAAUGAUGCAUACGAGCUUCAGCAGCAGCGACAACUACGGCAGCAGGUCAACCGACAGCAACAUUUUGGCAGUGGGGGAUACGGGUACGGCGUGAAGCCCCAGUCCAGCAACGGGUGGCCAACGUCCAUCAAGUCUGAAUCCUCCAGCGGAUGGCAGACAUCCGUCAAUGCGAAUUCGUCAUCAGCUGGAAACACGUCGUACCAACUUCAGCCGCAAAAUCACUCGAUGAUGAUGCCUCUAAAGUUUGGAGGCUCGAAUGCACCACACAGCACCAAUCCAUCAUUCCAGGAUAACAUUAUCGGGUCAAUGGGCUUUUCUCAUACAGCGUCGGGAGGCGACAGGAAACUCCAGCAACGUCCUCUUACGUUCUAUCCCCAGCAAUACCAAUCUCAUCAAGGACAAGUGGCAUCAUACCAACAGCAGCAGCAAAAUGGUCAGCAAGAACGAGACAACCAGCAGCAGCCAACUCAGCAACCCCGUGACUACAUUGAUGUUCUACUUGAAAGCGCAGGUGUGGACGAUAAUCUGCCCCCGCAGAGUUCUACGAUGCUUUUGUCGGAAUCGUGGAACGGACAUCCAGAAAAUGAUCCUAGUAGUGUUGAGUCAACGGGGUCUUAUACUUUCAUGCAGACUCAACAGCAGCUACAAUUGUCCCCGAUGAGAGGCAUGCGUCACAACCCCGUUCAGCGUUUCUAA